AUGGCACCAGCACUUAAAUUGAGUUUAGAGGAGCUUCACCAGUUUUUAUCCGACAUAGAGGCAAAUAUAAAUGAUCAAGAAACUGAUUUCAGAAAAUUGAUUCUUUACCUACUACAGUUUUUGAAUGCUAAAUUGAUAGAAACAUCCAUCCUGGAUCGAAAAGAUGCCGAAGAUACAGUGUUGAAGAUUAUUGACACUACUGAACUUGUUUUGGGCAAGAAAUUGUACUUGUUGAACUCGUUGUUAAAGUAUCUGGAAAUCAGCUUGAUUCAUGUACCAAAUUCAAGUUCAGGUUUGGUUGCAGUUCAAGAAGUGUUACUCUACGAGUGGGUGAUUUCAUUUCUACUAUCCCAUAUAUCAAACAUAUGGCGCAAGCUGAAGAUCCUCCAUCAUGUAAAGAGUCUCCUUAUACUGGUAAUCAAUUUGGUGGCGACAAGAUUGCAUAGUUUCAAGUUUGUAAAGUUGCUACGAGAGAAUGUUACACGGAUAUUGGAAGACGAUAUUACCUUUUGCUUGAAUGACAUUUUAUCGAGCACCAAUCCAACCUAUCUCAAAAGACUAAUAUCUUCAUGUCAUUUGUAUUCUGUUGUCAAUGAUUAUGAUAUAUCCAAGAAACUUUUAUUGAACUUGAGUAAUCAUCAACUAAAAUAUGAGAGCUUUGGAAGGAAAUUGUGGUUUAUACUUCAAGAAAUGAGCACAUUGAAUUCAGAUGAUUCAUUUUACAUGAUGGAUAAUUUAAAAUCGUUGAUUUUACUUACCCAUUUGGACAAUGUGCUUCUUGACGAACAACGAACAUGGGGAAAAAUCUCUCAAUUAUUAACAUGGGUUGCAGAAGUUUUGUUGCAAGAUUUUGAGCAAUUGCGCAGUACCUCUAAUGGGUUCGGGUAUCCAAAUUUGACACAGUCAGUGUCGUUAGUAUUGUUCAAGAUAUACACAAUUUGUUUUGAAAGUAGGCUCGUGUUCAACUUUGAUUCUGUUUUCGAUUUACAAGGGAUAAUAGAAAAGUCAUCGAAUCAGCCAACGUUUCCUAUGUCAAUCAAAUGCACUUUAGCCACGAUACAGAAUCAUAUUAGACUAAACAACUCAGGCUCCCAAAUGACGCAUGCAGCUCCAAUAGACUUUAUUAAUUACCAAUACAGUAACCCAGAGUUGAACGAUUUAAAGUACAAGCUUAUAACCCCAUCACAUGCCAAUGACGAGAACUUGAAGUUUAUAAUUAAAGCUGAUCUUGAGUACCGCCCCGAAGCUAGUAACUCCAACGGUGCUAUCAAUGACAUCACUUGGAUUCGUCACAUUCGAGCUUUGGUUAAAAGACACCCACAAGAGAUGGAAGCCGAUGAAACGUUGUAUACUUUAAUUACCGCGUUGGGAAACUUUCCAGCUAGAUCUUUUGCUAAUGUAAAGGGCCCACUCACGGACGCCCUUCAAAUCAAGCAUCCUUAUCCACUAAUCAGCAAAAGCAGACCACUUGUGAAGAGUACCACAGAAUCAUUGAUUUUGGACGAAAUCAUUCAAGAGUUUUUCCUUCCUCGGAUGCAGCUUUUGCAAUCAAAGCCUUUACUUUGCUGUAACUUCUUUCUCAUGAUAUACAAUUACUAUGCAAGCUAUUUACCCGUAUUUGAUGAGGGUCAUGAAAAUUUGUUGAGCAAAAUGCUCACCAUCCUUUCGACUCAUUCUAACAGAAACGUGCGAAUGAUGAUUAUUCGCGUACUACCCUUGUACCUCAUUCAAGAUACGGAUGAUACCACACUUGACCAAAUCUUUAAAUUCGUCUUCCAGAGAAUAACGGCGAUUGAUUUUAAGUCACCCAAUCGGCGUCAUUUUGGAGAAUCAACUAUAUAUGCGUUGAUCGAGCUAGCCCGUGUUUGUAAUGGGGAAAGAUUAUGUGCUGUGUACUUUAAGCUUGUGGAUUGGCUAGGUGAGCCCAAUGAUCAACAUCUGAAUUACGUGUACUGUGGAUUUUUGGAUAUUGCCAAUAGCAAGAACAUAUCCACUUACAAAUUGUUGUCUCCUUAUUUGCCUAGUAUCGCUGACAUAAUUAUAAAAAAAGAAAGUUUAUUUGAAAAGUUUCUCCUGGUAUUGGGAAUGAGUCGGAAAUAUUUCCUAAACAGGACAAAGGAGUAUACUGUCCCCAGAUUAUUGGAAUAUCACAAAGAUCCAACAUUGUUGGUGCAAAUCGCCGAGGCGGCCAACAUGUCGAUAAAAAAAUUACUUGCACAGAAUUUGCCACGAAUACUUGCCACAUAUUUAGUAAAGGACCCACAAAAUGAACGUUAUGUCGUCAAGGUGUUGAGUAGUGUGUGCCCGCAUUACAGGAUGGUUUCGAGUGAUGAGAUUUUUACCCAUAUCGGUGACAUCACCUGGCAUAUAUUGAUGGAGAUUCAAAUGGACGAAAAGGACGAUGUCCGGAACUUACCUAAUAUAAUAUCCGCUUUAGAGAUUGUGGCGAAAAACUUGGCAGCUCAAAAGAAUCAAAGGGUUCAAAAGGGUAAAAUGGCUAGCAUGUUGAUCGAAGAGCAAGUCUUAUUAUUGGUCCAAAAGUUUAGUGACGUGACCCAUCUGUUGCGAGGUGCCAAACCUUAUUUGGAGAGAAGAGCAUCGUUUAGGGCAGUCUUGUACUUAAUCAGGAACCACAGUUUAGCUUUGACAUCGGCUUUAGGGCAAUUGUCUACAUGCUUACAAGCCACUUUAGAAGAACCCGACUUUCACAUCUUUACAUUAAAAUGCUGGCAUGAGUUGGUUCAAAAGUUACCUCCUACUCAUUUGAUUUCUUUAUUUGAUAUAAUAAUAUCACUCAUUUUUCAAAAGUUCCAGUCGUUUGGACCUGAAGCUCAAGAUAUUGCCAUUGACAUCUUGAAAAAGAUUUACAAAGAGAUAAAGGACAAAUACAAUCGGUACUCAUUGUACUACUUGUCCAUCCCCUUCUUGGACUACAUGUCAGAUUAUAGCUUCGUGAAGGAGUUUAAGAACAUGAGGUCACCGUCAAGAUUGACAAUUUUUCAAGAGUUCAAUAGACGGCUUCGGACAAGUAAUCAAUAUGUGGUUGAGCAGGCGUUAUUUGAUCUUUACAAUUAUUGCAAGAAAUUCCAAUUCAAUUGCCAAGCGGAUUACUUCAAAGAUCCUAGUUUACACGAUACCAUAACGACCUUAGUUCGAACUGUAAUGGAUACUGCCACUCAUUUCAAAAAUAGGAAUCGCAAGAUCACCUCGCUGUGUGCUAAAGUGUUGGCCGUUGUUGGUGCUUUGGAUGCAAACAAAUUCCAUUUCAAAAGAGUGGAGCAACUGAUUGUCGUUCAGCUGAAUUUCGAGAGUGUAAAGGAGAAUGCCGUAUUUUUGAUUGAUUUGAUUGAAAACUAUGUUUGGAAUAUCUUUUGGGCUUCAAAUGAUCCACAGAAGCAAUUGUUUGCUGCAUAUGCCAUGCAGAGUUUCUUAACAAUAUUGGAGGUACGCAAAGAGUCAUUAAAGGAAAACAACGGUACUUGGAAUAAAUUUAGUGACGUUGCCAAAUCAACUUUAACUCCAUUGUUGAGUUCCAAGUAUUCAGCUCCAAGACCCAAGUUGGAGCCAAUGCAAUUCCCUUACUUUAAGCUGGGGAUGAAGUAUGAAACUUGGUUAAUUGAUGUAACUUUGUAUUUGUUGAAACGAGCAAGUCACUAUGAUAAAUCCAAAAGUCCCAAUCUGAGACAGCUCAUUUUCCAAACGUGUGCCAUUUUAGUUCAAAAAGAUCAUAAUAUCUCCCUUUGUCAGCAUCUUUUCAAAUAUGUGGUUCUCAGUCACAUUCUAUGCUUACACCAAGAUGUGGAAAAGGAAAUGCUUACCGAGUUUCAGAAUUUGUUUGAGCAUGAUACACGAACAAUGCCAACAGACCGUGCAGAGGAGUUGAAGCUUUGUUUCCAAUCAGUAUUUUCUGUAUUUGAUUACUGCAAUGAGUGGCUAUCAGCAACAAGACAGUUUGCCAAUUACCUGGUUUCUCUGGAUGUGACGACGUCAGAUAUGUGGCUUGAUAAGAUUGAGUUGGUUAAAAGAUUUAUUGAUUCAUUUGGAAUGGAUUUGAUUGCGAUAAAAUCAGCAGAAUGCAAUUCGUUCGAACGAACCAUUCUCUACAUCGAAAAAUGUUAUCGAGAUGGUCAUAUUGAUGAUACUUCUUUCAAAUUAGGCGAAUUAGACGCGUCAAAGACUUUGCAAAACAUGUAUGCCAAUAUAAAUGAUUAUGAUGCAUUAAAUGGCGUGUUGAAGUUGUUUUCAACAAACAACGUAAAACAGAAAUUGACUGCAUUCCAGUAUAACGAUAAUUGGAGCUUGGCAUUGGAAUCAUUCAAGGUAUUGGGAACUGGUGAAGAAUCUUCUGUGGAGUAUAACACCAAGUUAUUAAAAGCUUUGAGUGAACAUGGAUCUUACGAUGAAGUACUUUCCACCCUUUCAUCAACCACUGAUGCUGGUGCUAUACAACAAACUCCAUUGGAUUGGGCUUUAGUGGGGUUGAAGUCUGCUGUAUAUUCAGGCAAGAUGGAUCAACUACACAAAUGGUUACAAGUUACUGAUUCGCUAGGCAAGGCUCAAGAUAUCGAGACAGUGGUGAGUUACGAAUUGGCAAGGUAUUUGCAAAAGCUAUACAAUGAUGAAAAGCCUGAUUUUGCGGAGUCCAUGAAUAAGUUAUUCGAUGUCAUUGGUCUGUCGCUUGUGUCUUCAGUAUCUUCCAGUUUUAGCAAAAAUGUGAGUUUGAUGAAUCAGUUGCAUUCGUUGCAUGACAUGGGAGAGAUAUUAUCAUCAGUUGACCAAAGCGAUAUCUUGAAAGUUCGAUUAAGCAAUGUUGAUCAAGAUUUUGAAACGCAGAAUAAAAUCUUGACGAUACAUGGUGUUGCCAACCACAUUAUUAAAAAUGACCAGCAAGUUUCUGAUAUUUUUUUACUCCAGUCCAGCCUUGCACGUGAAAAUGGCAGACUUGACAUUUCAACUAGAUCCAUAGUGCAAGCCAUGGCUUUGAACAACCUGGUAGCAAACAUUGAAUUGGCCAAAUUGUUGUGGACGGAAGGAAAGCAAUCGGAAGCAAUAAAGACAAUUUCAGAAGUCUUGACUGGUAAUCAACUUGUGGAUAACAAAUCCAAAGCCAAGGUUCAACUUCAAUACGCCAAUUGGCUAGAUGAGUCGAAUCAUUUAUCUGCACACCAAAUUGUUGAGGAGUACAAGAAGGCGUUUGAGUUGGAUAAAGAGUACGAAAAAUCGAGUUACGAUAUUGGGAAAUAUUUCAACAAAUUGAUUGAGUCGUCCAAGGAUUCAUCUGGAUUUUAUGAACAUUUGACUGUGAGAAACUUUCUUACAGCUGUUUCAAUCGGAUCGCUGUUUAUAUUCGAAGCUCUACCCAAGCUCAUAACUAUUUGGUUGGAUUUCGCCAAGAAACCAAAUAAGACCAAGUCUGCGGAAAAGAAAUUACAACAGAUAAUCCAUGAUUUGAAUGCCAGCUUGAAAAGCGUGCCAACAUAUGCGUGGUACACUGUGAUUACCCAAAUUCUUUCAAGAAUCGUCCAGGAUCAUGAACCUUCGUACAAAAUCAUGGCAAAUGUGGUGUCAAAUAUCAUAAUUGAGUAUCCACGUCACAGCUUGUGGUAUGUUCUUUCUCAUAUCCAUUCAACAGAUCCAAAAAGAAAGCUUAAAGUGAAUACGAUUUUGGAAUCGUUAAAAAAGUCAAGAAAAUCACAUGGUGUUUUGAUAAUGGCGGCGCUGGAGCUUUUUGAGAAGCUUAUAGGGAUCGCGUCUAAGCCUAUUAAUAAGUCAUCUAGAACAAAGCAAUUGUCAUUGUCAAAAUAUUUCGGUAUUGAAGAUGCCUCCAAGCCAUAUGAUCAACUAGUUAUACCCGUGCAAUCUAAUCUCCAAAUCAGACUUCCCUACAAAGAGGUUGCUAAUUAUACGGCAUUUCCCAAGAGUGCAUCGGUUACAUUUGAUGGUUUUGACGAUGUUGUUAAUAUAUUUUUUUCUUUACAAAUGCCGAGACAAGUUACUAUUCGAGGCUCUGAUGGAAAUGCGUAUCGAUUAAUGGUCAAAGGUGAUGAUACUAGGAAAGACGCCAAGGUGGUUGAAUUUACAACAAUGGUUAAUCGUAUACUUGCCAGUAGUACCGAAGCAAGGAAAAGGGGAUUGAAUGUGGCCAAUUACUCGGUGAUUCCAUUAUCGGAGAAAAUUGGUGUUAUUGAAUUUGUUAUGGAUGUUCAAACAAUGAAGGGGAUUGUAAAUGAGCAGAGGAAACGAUUAGGUAAAGUUGUCAAUGAGCGUAAAAUAUUUGUGGCAUUAAAUUCAGCACAAAAGUUUAUUCAAGAGGGAAAAUCAGAUGAGACCAAAUUGAAACAUUUGGUGCAGCUAUUCAAAUCGAUUGUCCAAAACAAUGAGCCCGUGUUACACCAAUGGUUUAUCGAGCAAUUUUCUGACCCCAGUGCAUGGUAUAUGGCUAGAAACAAAUUCACUAGGUCAACAGCGGUGAUGUCGAUUGUAGGAUAUUUGGUUGGACUUGGUGAUCGUCAUUGUGAAAAUAUUCUUUUCUUUAAAAACACUGGGGCAAUUCUUCAUAUCGAUUUUGAUUGUUUAUUUGAAAAGGGGAAAACUUUACCUACACCUGAAAUUGUGCCAUUCAGGUUGACCCAGAACAUGGUUGACGCUAUGGGAAUAUGUGGUGUUGAUGGAAGUUUCCGCAUUUCAUGUGAAGAAACUGGUAAGUUGUUGCGAAACAAUGAACAGUCAUUAAUGAAUAUAUUGGAGACAUUGCUCUAUGAUCCGUUAUUGGAUUGGAAGAACCAGGAUCCACAAAGAGACCUCAUGAAGGUUCGAAAAAAGAUUAGAGGAUUGAUGAAUGAAGACGAAGGGUUGGCAAUGAAUAUCCAUGGGCAAGUUGAUGUUUUGAUACAAGAGGCGACUUCAAUAGAAAGAUUGGCACAAAUGUAUGGAGGAUGGUCAGCUUACAUUUAG